CUCUCCUCCGCUUCCAACCACCGAACCACGACCCAAGCACCGGGUCUGAUACCACGCGACUUCAUCACCUCAUAUAACCUCAAACAAUUACCACCCGCACCCGCACAUUGACAUUGACAUCCCCAUCUACCGCACCCCCAACCCCAACCCGCAGCUCCAGCUGCCCACCUCCCUCCCUCUCUCCCUCAGCACCACAGCACAGCACAGCACCACCAACCCACCAAAAUGUCCACACACUACAACACCGAACCCACCGCCACCGCCUCCGCAACCCUCCACACCACCCUAGGACCCUUGCACAUCGCACUCUUCGCCAACCAAACGCCUCUCACAUGCCGCAACUUCCUCCAACACAUCAGCGACAACUACUACACAGGGACCAUCUUCCAUCGCAUCAUCCCCAACUUCAUUCUCCAGGGUGGCGAUCCCACCGGCACCGGGUCAGGGGGAACCUCUAUCUACGAAGACCCAUUAUUCGAAUACGACGCGACAGCGCGCGAUCCGAACGAGAAAGUAGUCCUGCGCGAUGAGCUCCACAGUCGGUUACGGUUCAAUCGGCGCGGAUUGGUGGGGAUGGCCAAGUCCGAGGACGGGACGUAUGGGAGUCAAUUCUUCAUUACGUUGGGGGAUGUGAGUCGGGAGUUGAAUGGGCAGUGUACGCUUUUUGGGAGGAUUGAGGGUGAGAGUAUUUAUAAUGUGUUGAAGAUUGCGGAGGGGGAGGUGGUUGAGGGGACGGAGAGGCCGGUGUAUCCGAUUCGGACGGGGAAGAAGAAGGGGAAGAAGGGUGGGAAGACGUUGUUGAGUUUUGGGGAUGAUGAGGAAGGUGAGGAGAUGCCGGUUAGGGCUGCGAAGCCGAAAUAUAAUGCUGCGUUGGUGACGGAUACGGGGGCUGGGAUUGGGAAUGGGGUUGGGGAUGAUGCGCCGGUUGAGAAGAAGCCGAAGAAAAAGGAAGUCAGGAAGACAUCGCCUCCACGCAGACGCUCGCCUACACCUCCACCUGUUGUCGAUCGACCCAAGAGUCCCGACCCGGCCAUGCAACUCCCUCUCCCUGACCCGGAAUCCCCAGAACGGCCCCCCUCCCCGCAACCUACGCAAAAGUCACGACUUGACCGCACCAAUGCCGAGAUCGAAUCCCUCAAGGCCUCGAUGCGUCGAACCGUCGCCACGGAGACAGAAACCGGAGGGAAGAAAUCCGCCCUGAAAGCCAUGAUCCCUCAGACAGCCAUUCGCGGCCGGAAACGUCCCGCCCCGGGGACAUCAGCCAGCAGCAGCGCCACAAACGGAAUAACAGGAUUCUCCAGCAGCUCUAGCGACAACGCCGCACUGAAGAUGUUCAACGCAUUCAAAGCGAAACUCGAAGGCGCAGACGCCAACCCCGCCCCUAAACCCACCACCACCACCACUACCACAAAAGAGACCCCCCAACGGGAAGACGACAACGAAGACGAAGAAUCCCAACUCUGCGACCUCCACUUCAUCGCAAAUUGCCAAUCAUGCAAAUCCUGGUCCGACAACACGGCCGACACAGCCGGCGAAGGUCCAGCCGAUGAUACAGACCUGGGGUGGUUGACGCAUCAGCUCCACUUCGGAAAGGAUACAUUGGGCAAGGACCUAAAAUGGAAGAAAGAGCACCCAGAUGACCUGGACAGUCUGAUGGUGAUUGAUCCUCGAGAGAAGGAGAGGGAGAUUGUUGCGUCUGGGUCUGGGUCUGGGUCUGGGUCCGGGUCCGGGAAACGCAGAGGACUCGAACGGGACCGCGAACGUGAUAGGAAGAGAGGCCGGGUGGGUGAUUUGGAGUGGGAGAGGAGUCGUCGGUGAGAUCGGUCCUUUCCAUCUAUCUAUCUAUCCAUAUACGAAGGCAGUACAUUCCCACCAUAUAGCUACCAUACUAUACCAUACUACUAGAAACGAUCAAAUAGAUCGACACCAAAGAGAUAUGAACAGAUAAGUAGUUGUCACAGCUAAAUCAACACUAAAAAUAAG